GGCAGAAAUCAUCAGUGUCUGGAGGUCCCCUCAUCCAGAACGUGCACUCGUCCAAGCGCAUCCUCUUCUCCAUUGUCCACGACAAGACAGAUAAGUGGGACAGUUUUAUAAAAGAAACCGAAGAUAUCAACACCCUUAGGGAGUGCGUGCAAAUUCUGUUUAACAGCAGAUAUGCCGAGGCCUUGGGGCUGGACCACAUGGUGCCCGUGCCCUACCGGAAGAUCGCCUGUGACCCCGAGGCCGUGGAGAUCGUGGGCAUCCCAGACAAAAUACCCUUCAAGAGACCCUGCACCUACGGCGUCCCCAAGCUCAAGAGGAUCCUGGAGGAGAGGCACAACAUCCACUUUGUCAUCAAAAGGAUGUUCGACGAGAGAAUUUUUACAGGAAGCAAAUUUACCAAAGAUCCAACCAAGCUGGAGCCCUCCAGCCCCCCGGGGGAGAUCUCCCCGGAGCCGCACCGCGGGGCCGUGCUGGACCUGGUGGGGACCUCUCAGGCCAACAGCCGGUCCGAGAAGUGUAGUGCUUCUGAAAGCUGUGAACCAGGUACCUCAGGAGAGCUGGGUGGGAUCAGGCAGAUCAAGAUCGAGCCAGACGAGCUGGACAUCAUCCAGAUCACCGUGCCAGACCGAUCGCCGGGCUCGGAUGAGAUGCACGACCCAGUGCCCACACACGUGGCCUCAGAGGAGUCAAACUACAUCCUAGAAACGGCAGCAGGGACAGAGAAGGGGCCUGGUGAGGAGCCACGACAUGAGGAAAAGCAGAUGGAGGGGUCAGAUGGUAUAGGGGAUGUUUUAAGUCAUUUGAGGAAACAAGUUGAGAUUUUGUUCAACACGAGAUACGCCAAAGCCAUAGGAAUAUCAGAGCCUGUCAAAGUCCCCUACUCCAAGUUCCUGAUGUACCCCGAGGACCUCUUUGUCGUGGGCUUGCCAGAGGGCAUCUUACUGCGGCGUCCCAACUGCUUUGGGAUUGCCAAGCUCAAGAAGAUCCUGCAAGCGAGCAACAACAUCCAGUUUGUCAUUAAAAGCGAGAGGGACUCGAGUGAGGCGCUGCUGGAGGAUGCUGUGAAGAGACAGGGCUUUCAAGAAAAUUAUGAUGCCAGGCUUUCCAGAAUAGACAUCGCUAACACGCUGCGGGAGCAAGUCCAGGACCUGUUCAAUAAGAAAUACGGUGAGGCCUUGGGGAUUAAAUACCCCGUGCAAGUGCCAUACAAGCGGAUCAAGAGCAACCCGGGGUCGGUGAUUAUCGAGGGGCUGCCCCCCGGGAUCCCCUUCAGGAAGCCCUGCACCUUUGGCUCCCAGAACCUGGAGAGGAUAUUGGCUGUCGCUGAUAAGAUCAAGUUCACCGUGACGAGGCCUUUCCAAGGACUCAUCCCCAAACCCGCCCCUAGACGGAUAACAUCACUGGAAAAAGCCUACGCUGCCUUGAAUGAUGAGGACGAUGCCAACAGGCUGGGAGAGAAGGUGAUUCUCCGAGAGCAAGUGAAAGAGCUGUUCAAUGAGAAAUACGGUGAGUCCCUGAGCAG